UGCUACCGCUGAGUUCCCCGUAUGCAUCGCGACAACCUUGGGCGACUACACGAGCAUUCAGGAGCAUUUUAUAUUUAGUUUUAUCUUCAAAAACAGUGAGAAAUACUUAGAUAUACUCAACGUGUUGUUAAAAUCGUAUCAAACUCGGUCGUCCGCUGAUGUAUCCGCCCGGCAUUAGCUACGACAGCGUGUUCAGACACUGAAGCGUCCAGAUCAGAGCUGAAAUGUCCCUGCCCAACAUCACACGUCUCCGCCCGGUGAGGCUGCUGAGCUCCAUCCACCACCACCACCACCAGCAGCAGCUGCUCCCCCCCUCCAUCCCUCCGCUCACUGUGCCCAGUAGAUCUGUGAUCCAGAGUAAAUACCGACGUCCCGGCGAGCCCAGAGGGGAAAAGCCUCCGUGGGAGAAGAUUAACUUUGACUUCUCCAAGGGUUUGGAGGGGAUAAAGAAACAUUUCAUGCUCCUGAAAAAAGAGUUCUUUGACCGCUGGGUGGGUCCGGAGGGCAAACCGCUCCUCGAGCACAUGCUGGAGCAGAACCGAGUGCUGUGGGAGUUCAGAGGUCCGGAGAGCCUGAACGAGUGGACGGUGUCCUCUGAUCGUGAGAUAGGGGGGAAAAGUGAAGUCUAUUUGAAGCUUGGAAAAAACAAUAAUACCUGUCUCCUGUACGGGACCCUGUGCUCUACGCCGCCAAGAGAUGGAGAAACGCGCUACAGCGGAUACUGCACCAUGCGCUCAAAGCAACCACUGGCUUCAUUUGAUCGAAAAAAACACUUUGAUUGGACCAGCUUUAACACCCUUCACCUGCGUGUGCGCGGCGAUGGCCGUCCAUGGAUGAUCAACAUCGCACCGGAAACGUACUUCUCUCACCAGAACGACGACAUAUACAAUUACUUCCUGUACACCAGAGGGGGGCCCUACUGGCAAGAUGUUAAGAUACCUUUCUCCAAAUUCUUUCUCACACAUCGAGGGAGGGUACAAGACGACCAGCAUCCUCUGCUGCUGGACAAGAUCAACACCAUCGGUUUCACCCUGGGAGACAAAGCGGACGGUCCGUUCCAGCUCGAGAUCGACUUCAUCGGGGCCUGUAAAGAUUACGCUCACACUGAGGAGUUUGCCUACGAGAUGUACAAGAGGAACCCGGAGGUUUGAGGACGACCGGCACAACGCUGCAGUUGGACUUUUAUUGGAGAACCAAUUAAACCGUCACAUGAAUCGACACAGAUGAUAUGGAUUCUAGUUUAUGUAGCUAGUGUUUAUUUUGCUUAUCUGGCUGAAAUGAGAUGUGGUCAAUUCAAGGUUUGCUAAAGACGACAACACACAAUUGCUGACCUUUCAUGUGGCAUAUAGAUGAUUUAUCUUUAACAACAAUCAAGAAGAGUAAUAAAAUGUUUUAAAACAGAAA